GACCUGCUGCGCCUCGUGGGUGGGCUGCGCCGCCGGCGCGUGGCGCUGCUCGGCACUUCGCUGCUGCUGCUGCUGCUGCUGGGACUGACGUUUCGGACCGCCUUCGAAGACAGCACCGAGCGCUGCCCAAGGCCGGUGUGCUUCGUGAAGACGCACAAGUGCGCCAGCUCGUCGGUGCAGAACGUGCUGCUGCGCUACGGCGACCGCCGCGGGCUGCGCUUCGUGCUGCCGCCGCGCACCAACUACCUGGGCCACCCGCGCCCCUUCCACCGCUCCAUGGCGCCGGGCAGGCCGCCGUUCGACGUGCUCGCGCACCACGCGCGCUUCCACGAGGCCGAGAUGCGCGCCGUGUUGCGGCCGCGGCCGCGCUUCCUCACCAUCGUGCGCGAGCCGGCCGCACUGUUCGAGUCGCUCUACUCCUACUACGACCUCAGGGUGCGUCCAUCUCUCUUUUUUUCUGCCCUUCACGCCGCCGCCGCGCUUCUAUAG